AUGGCCACCAUCACCUGCACCCGCUUCACGGAAGAGUACCAGCUCUUCGAGGAACUGGGAAAGGGAGCCUUCUCGGUGGUGCGCAGGUGUGUGAAGGUGCUGGCUGGCCAGGAGUAUGCUGCUAAGAUCAUCAACACCAAGAAGCUGUCGGCCAGAGACCAUCAGAAGCUGGAGCGUGAAGCCCGCAUCUGCCGCCUGUUGAAGCACCCCAACAUCGUCCGGCUCCACGACAGCAUCUCUGAGGAGGGACACCAUUACCUGAUCUUCGACCUGGUUACUGGUGGGGAGCUGUUUGAGGACAUCGUGGCCCGGGAGUAUUACAGUGAGGCUGAUGCCAGUCACUGUAUCCAGCAGAUCCUGGAGGCCGUGCUGCACUGCCACCAGAUGGGUGUGGUGCACCGGGACCUGAAGCCGGAGAAUCUGCUAUUGGCUUCCAAGCUCAAGGGCGCCGCGGUGAAGCUGGCGGACUUUGGCCUGGCCAUAGAGGUGGAAGGGGAGCAGCAGGCAUGGUUCGGGUUCGCAGGGACGCCUGGAUACCUCUCCCCGGAAGUGCUGCGGAAGGACCCGUAUGGGAAGCCUGUGGACCUGUGGGCCUGUGGGGUCAUUCUGUACAUCCUGCUGGUUGGGUAUCCGCCAUUCUGGGAUGAGGACCAGCACCGCCUGUAUCAGCAAAUCAAAGCCGGCGCCUAUGAUUUCCCGUCACCAGAAUGGGACACUGUCACCCCGGAAGCCAAGGAUCUGAUCAAUAAGAUGCUGACCAUCAACCCAUCCAAACGCAUCACGGCCGCCGAGGCCCUCAAGCACCCUUGGAUCUCGCAUCGGUCCACUGUGGCCUCCUGCAUGCACAGACAGGAGACCGUGGACUGCCUGAAGAAGUUCAACGCCAGGAGAAAACUGAAGGGAGCCAUCCUCACCACAAUGCUGGCUACCAGGAACUUCUCUGGAGGGAAGAGCGGAGGAAACAAGAAGAAUGAUGGUGUGAAGAAAAGAAAGUCCAGUUCCAGCGUUCAGUUAAUGGAAUCUUCAGAGAGUACCAAUACCACCAUUGAGGAUGAAGACACCAAAGUGCGGAAACAGGAGAUUAUAAAAGUGACAGAGCAGCUGAUUGAAGCCAUAAGCAAUGGAGAUUUUGAGUCCUACACGAAGAUGUGUGACCCUGGGAUGACAGCCUUCGAACCUGAGGCCCUGGGGAACCUGGUCGAGGGCCUGGACUUCCAUCGAUUCUAUUUUGAAAACUUGUGGUCUCGGAACAGCAAGCCCGUGCACACCACCAUCCUGAACCCCCACAUCCAUCUGAUGGGUGACGAGUCGGCCUGCAUCGCCUACAUCCGCAUCACGCAGUACCUGGAUGCGGGUGGCAUCCCCCGCACGGCCCAGUCGGAGGAGACCCGUGUCUGGCACCGCCGGGAUGGCAAAUGGCAGAUCGUCCACUUCCACAGAUCUGGGGCGCCCUCCGUCCUGCCCCAUUGAAGGACCGGGCCGGGGGCCCUGUACCGCAGAGAUGUUCUCUUCGUUCACGGAAUGUGGCUGCUGGUUCUCCCACUUGGAUUUGGCUGGAAUUCCCCCAAUCGCGUCACCCCAUCCCACUACCAUCACCAUCACCACCACCGCCACACCUGCAUCAAGAAAACCUGUCUGUCCACAAAAGUUAUCACGACUUCAGAGCAAAUAGCCACAUCUCCCUGCCACCACCUGUCACUCUCCUGCCAGGGCGAGGCUUCCUCGGGCCUGGGUGCCCUGGGUGCCCUGGGUGCUGGCUCUGAGGACCCCCCCCCCCUCCUGGCUGUCGCUAGCCUGCUCUUGCCUUGGCUAUAGGCCAGAAUGCCCAGCUGUGUGUCCCCCAGGGGCUGAGGAGAAAGAGGGGCAGAGUCAGGAGGAAUGUGGAUCUGCCCCCACCUUUCGCUGUCUCUCUCCUUCCAGGGUCCCCCUCAACCCCUGAGCCAGCCUCCCCUGUGGGAGAGGGUGAGAGAGGAGCAGACACCAGGAGUCCCCACCUGACACUGCCUCCCUAGCUCUUCUCCCAUCCUGUCCCCUCCUCCUGUCCCUGCGGACCCUUCCCCUCAGCGUGUGGAGCACAACCGUCUCAGGGUGCCCUCACUCUUCUCCUCCGGCUGAUGUUCACCUCCAACAGUAACUCCCAUUGCACCCCUUCCAUCAGCCCUGGAGAAUUCCAGCUCCGUCACAUCUGAGGGAGAGAAUCUGAUUGCUUUUUGGGGGCAAAGAAGGCAACAUUUAGGUAUCACUUCUACUUGGACCGCAUGCCUUUUUAUAGCCAAACUUCUGUGUGUUUCCUAAAUGGAUUUUGCGUUCCUGGAUAUCUAUGUGAUAACUAAAC